AUGUUCUCAUCCCAGGCCACAUUCGAAUUGCCCCAAACUUUCGCCGAAAAAUUCAAGGAUCUCGACUUUCUCAACCAUAUCUCCAAGCCCAUCGUAACUGUUGAUGACCAUCACAAGGAGUGCUCGCUGAUCCUUAGAGGCGCCGAGGACGUCACAUACGAUGUGAGAAGUUCGGUGGAGGCUGCAGCAGCUACGGUUUAUCAAAUUAUUGAGGCUUUGCAUCUAAGAUACGAUGUCUGCUUUCAGGCCUAUCGGCUGGGAGAGCAUCAGUAUGGCAGGUAAGAAUUUGAUAGUUUUUUGGAUAAUUUGGCAAGGUAUCAGUCUGUCGGGAAAAUAAUGAGCACUUUGUUGAAUAGAAAAUGGCAUUGCUGCCGAGAAAAUAAAUUGUGUCGCGGCAAAAUCAAGUUGCUUUUCACUUCAGCGACGCGAUUGGGUAGCGACAUUGUGCUUAUUAUUUUCCCGACAGACAGAUAGCUCAACCUUGACUUUGUUGUGCCUGCUAUCAUAAACAAAUCCCUCGUAAUGUGAGCUUUUAAUAAUGCUUCGCAUCCACGAAGCUCUCGGUCACGAUAAAAUGAAAAAAAUGUCUAUGCACUUUAUGAAAAUACCAGUAUCAGUCUGUCGGGAAAACAAUGAGCACUCUGUCGCGUAGAAAAUGACAUUGCCGGCGAGAAAAUGAACUAUGUCGCGGCAAAAUCAAGUUUUUUUUCACUUCAGCGACAUGAUUGGCUCAGCAUAUUGUGCUCAUUAUUUUCCCGACAGACUGAUACGCCAGUUUAGUUGGUCGUCUUUGUAGAUAAAAAAUGCAUAAAGUGAAGAGGAAUAGGUCAACGAAAAAGUGACGCGACAAAUGCAAAAAGCUUUAAUUCCCGCUUUUCAGUCUCAGCCAUUGUAUUCCACGACCUUCUUGUUCGAGACAGUGAGGAAAACGCGGAGAGCGGUCAGAGAGAAAAAACUUUUUGGCCAUGUUUUUAUCAGUCUCGUGCCGAAAAAAAACGAUUUUUUGUGGAAAGAUUACCGGUGGAAAUGGUCAUCAAACUUUUCAUUCCAAAAUUCGCAAAAAACCGUCAUUUUUUGCCAAUUUUUUUGAUCUUAAAAUCUCGGUCGUUUCUGCAAAAGGCAAGCUAGAAUUUUCGCAUGUCUCUUAGAAACAGUUAUUCUGAAUUUGUCCCAAGUUUCAUGAAAAUCAGAGCGUUGCAUGUGGGGUCUCCCCCUGUUAAUUUUAAAGCAACUACAGUCAUUUUUCAAUUCAAUUUUUUUCAGAAAUCGCCUGAUUUUGAUUCGUUUUGCCACGCCAUUCCAAAAAUCCAUCUUCUUCCGCGCUUUCAUGACACAACGACACUUUCUGCACAGUCGCUUCUCCCUCUACACCGUGCAAACUCCCGAAGAGCGAGCCAACAUCGCCAAGGCCAAGGAGUUGGUGGGGAUUCUGAGGAAACUCGGGAUCCCCGCCGUGUUUUACGCUCAAAAAAUCUGUCGGAAUGAUGUCGCCGGAAAACCCGAACCCGUCCCCAUCACCACUAUCAAGCGGGUUUUGUCCCAAAGUUAUGGAAUUCUGUAUGAUGAGAAGUUGGAAGUUCAGGUGUCCCCGAAAAGCGACGGCUCCAGCUCGUUGGAUUCGAUUGUGCAUCUGAAAUUGGACGAGCCGGAGAGCCUCAGCGACUCGGAAUGA